UAAGAGCGGGCACCUCCACCGGAGACUCAAGCUUAGCUAGUACAUCUCCGAGCUUCACACCAUGGAGGCCAGCUUCCUACUGGUACUCAGCGCCAUACUGGCCACGGCCAAUGCAGGCCCUAUCAGUGUGAGACAAGGAGAUGUGACAUCGUGCGCCCAAUCAUGCACAGGCACAUCCAAAUUCAAUUACGUCCCCGGGACGACGUAUGAGUUUGAGUACAACGUUCAAACACAGACGUCCAUGGAGGGAGCCUCCAGUGAACGAGCGUCUCUUGGUAUCCGGGCAACGGCUGACAUCGAAGUGCUGUCCAAGUGUGAAAUGGCUCUUCGGCUCCGUGAUGUCAAAGUGUACCGAUCUGACCCCUCUUCCUCCAACCCCAUGAAAUAUGCCGACGAAACUGGGGAAUUCAAGAGGAAUUUAGAACGAUUCCCUCUUCGAUUCUCGUUCCAAGAUGGCGUGGUGGAGGAACUGUGUCCAACUUAUGGUGAAACUACAUGGGCUCUAAACAUCAAGAGAGGUCUUCUAACUGCUGUGCAAAACAGCAUGGAUCGUAUCGACAGAGACCAGAGAGUCAGAGAAAGUGACAUUGCUGGCAACUGCUAUACAGAUUACAAAGUAACCAAUACUGGAUGGUACAGCACAUCAAUCAAGAAAGUCAAGGACAUUCUUGGAUGUACCGAUCGCCAUGGUUACCAGAGUUCUGUCCGCGCCAUGUCAUACAGAGUGCCAUCAGAUAUCCAGUCCAUGCCCCUGAUGAAGAGCACACACGAGAAUGAGCAAGAACUUGACAAGAAUGGUCGCCUUAAGAGUGCACUUAUUACGGAGACACACACCUUCAGGCCCUUUUCUCAGGACACCAAUGGUGCCACAACCAAAGUCCUCCAGAGACUCAACUUCAAGUCUGAGAGAUAUGGUGUCACAACAAGGCCUGAUCUGAUCGGCAGCCGUACAGGACUAAUCUAUGAACAUGUUUAUGGAAAUGGUCAACGUGCCGAACCAAGGAGAGAGGCAGAAAACAAGCUGCAGGAAGUCUGCAGGGAUACAACACAAGACAUAAGACCAGACACACCACGUCUCUUUUCUGAACUUGUCUACAUUAUCAGAAACAUGGAUGUCAGUACCAUUAGAAGUGUCUACAAUCAGGUCAAGAGAGGAUCACUUUGCAGCGACAACAAUGAGCGCACUAUGAAGUUCUUCAUUGAUGCCAUUCCAAUGGCAAGCACAAGCGCUGCUGUUCAGUUUCUGACUGAACUCCUGACCAGAAAAGACGUGACCGGAACCCAGGCUGAAAUGUGGAUCACCUCACUUGCACUCAUUCACCAUCCAACAUUAGAAAUGCUUGAAAAUGUCAAGGACCUUGUGGAUUCCCCUGAAUUGAGUCUGAAUGCCAUGCUACCUGUGUCCACUAUGAUCAACAACUACUGUAGUCAUAACCCAAGCUGUUCGGAUGAGAUGGCUGUUACUAACAUCCUUUCGACUCUGGAGAAGAACAUUGGCUAUGGCUGCUAUGUAAGAGACAAUAAACUGGACAGAAUUCUGAUGACUCUACGUGCCAUUGGAAAUGCAGGUCACUCAGAAAGAAUCGUUGACAGCAUCAGAAAUUGCUUCACCAGGGAAGGAAAUCCAGUGGAAGUUCGCGUUGCAGCUGUUGAAGCCUUCCGUCGCCUUUCAUGCUCUGCUGAUAGAAAUGAAGUGAUGACCAUCUUCAGAAAUAGAGAGGAGGACUCUGAGCUGAGAAUUGCUGCUUAUCUGGCUCUCAUGCAGUGUCCUUCAGAAGAUGUCCUCAGUAGAAUCCAAGAAACUCUUGCUUCAGAGAAAGCCAAUCAGGUUGGGUCCUUCGUCUGGUCUCACCUCACCAAUUUGAUGGAAACAUCCAGUCCUCAGAAGCAGACAAUCAGGCGCAUUCUGGAAGACAAGGUCCUCAAGAGAGAAUUUGAUCUGGAGACCUUGAAGUAUUCUCGCAACUAUGAAGGCUCUCUUUUCCUGGAGAAAUUUAACACUGGUGCCAUGGUCGACAGCAACUUAAUCUUUUCUGAGAAAUCUUUCAUACCUAGAUCGGCAAUGAUGAAUCUGACAGUGGAUCUCUUUGGAAACUCCAUCAAUUUGCUGGAAAUCGGUGGUCGUAUUGAAGGCCUCGAAUACCUCCUGGAAACCUAUCUAGGACCUUAUGGCUACUUUGGUGACAAGAACUCCAAGAAAAACAUAGAACAGAGUCGAGCCAACAUUGACAAACUUCGGGGUGCCAUGUACAUGAGGAUCUUUGGAAACGAGAUGUUGUACAAACACUUCAAGGGAAUGGAGUCCUUGACGUCUGCUUCCAAGUUCAACUUCCUUGAAUUUCUGAUCAAGAUGUCGAAGAAGCAUGACUACUCCUUCACUCAGAGUAUGAUGAUCCUGGACAGCAGCAUGAUCAUCCCCACCAGCUCUGGUCUUCCCCUCAACCUCACCGUCAAUGGCACAUCAACCAUCGAUUUUAAGGCUUCGGGACAAGUAGAUCUCCGCAAAGUUUCCACCAAGCCACGCAGUCUUCUCAUUGAUGGAACUAUCCAGCCAAGUGGAGCAAUACAGAUUGCUGGCACAAUGACUAUGGAUGCCUUUGUGACAAAGUCUGGCCUUCGCGUCCUCAACACCUGGCACUCCAGCACUGCCCUGAGGGGUCGUGUAGAACUGACUCGCGGCAAGAUACUUAGUGCGGAACUCGAACUGCCGGAACAAAAGAUGGAAAUCUUUGACGUCAAAACCACCUUCUUCUCCCUUCAUGGGGACCUGGAACAAGAAGAGAAACUUAUAACUGAUAAUCGUCAGGACCUGAAGCUCUGCACUGGUGAACGACUUGCACAAAUUACUGGUGUUGAGCUGUGCAAUGAAUUCCAAUGGGCCAAUGCAUCCUUAACAAAUGGAGCUCCAUACUUUCCAUUCACUGGACCAUUUUCCUACAGCAUGACUCUUCUAAAGAGAGACACACACAGUGGCUAUAGAUUUCUGGCAAAGCGCACAGAGAACAAGGCCUCCAGCACAGCUCAGUUUGCUUUUAACACUCCUGGAUCUAGUACUAACAGAGCCAUAUCCAUGGAUGUUACUGUCAACUACAAGAACAAGGAGUUUGAACUGGAAGUAGUUUCUCCCUGGAAGAAGGCAACAGCGAAAGGCAAUUUGGACACUGACCAAAAAAAGCUGCUUGGUGUUGGUGGUAACCUUUUGUUGGAUGAGAAAGAUGAGUAUGGCUUAGUGGGACAAGUGAAGAUUGUCAAAGGAAAAGAUGCUGUGACAUACAAACCACGCUUCGAGAUCAGACAGCCAGGAGCCAAAGUUAUUCUUCUGUCUGGCUCUGUAAACACUCAGGGGUCGAGGAAAGCAAACGUUGACUUGUCUCUGGAAGGAAUCAGGGACAACCCAAUCAUGCUCAAAUCCAAUCUUCAGAACACAAAGAAUGAAAAAAGCAUGACAGCUGAGCUGAAUUUGGGCAACAAAAAAGGUUACAGCAUUGACACCAGCCUCGUCAACAGGAACACUGGAAAGAAUCACCCCAUUAUCAAAAUCAUCCCAAGACUUGUUGUUGCAAUGCCAGAGUAUGAACUGAUCAACCUCAAAGGAAACUCCCUUUACAAGUCCCAGAAAUCCUUUGAAGGUGACAUGUCUCUCUCAGUCUACAAGGUCCUUCCUAAGCCACUCACAGCCAAAUGGAAACUCGGAGUCAACGAUGGGAGAAAUGUCAAAUACUCAGGUGUUGUCAAUGUGAAAUCCAAGUUGGUCAAUGUCAAACUUGAGGGUGGUGUCGAAUUGAAGAAGAAGAAUAGUGGGUCCUCAACACUUACCGUCAUCUACAGUGUUCCUGCCGUGAAGUUCAUCAAGCCAAAUAGAUUUGAUAUCAGUUCCAAAUUUACCAACAGAAGUACAAAGUCAACAUUGAAUUAUAUCCUGAAUGCAAACUUCGUAUCCAAGAGGAACCAGGACUGGAACUUCGAAACAGAUCUCGACUUCACCCACAACAAAAAGCAGACUGGAGGUCACAUGCAGCUGAAGUAUGGAAAGAAGCAGAAGGAUCCAAGUAACUCCCUCUCCACUACUGUUGAUAUCAGCCAUGAUGUGGGAGCCAAAUCAGCAAAUGUCAGAUAUGACGUGAAAGCUAAAUUCCCACUAAAGGAUGUUGACAUCCGACUGAACGGAAAACACAAGCAUGAUAAGAAUACACUUCUGUCAAACAUGCAGCUAGACUAUGCUAAAGGAAAGGCAAUAAUAGCCUCCUUGAACUUAAAGGACAGCAGCAAGAAAGGCUUGAAAAUGUCUGGUGUCUUCAAUUUGGACUCCCCAUUCAAAGAUAUCAACUUGAAGACUGAAAUUACUCAGAAGAAAAAGAACUAUAGGCAUGAAAUCACUCUCAAACUGGACAAAACCAAGUCGACGGUUGUCACAACUUACAGCAAACAAAAGGGAACCGUCCACAGUGUGGAUUCACAGAUCAAUCUCCAUUCCAUGAAACCAACCAGGGUUAUGGGUAAAAUAGAUCUCGACAUGAAAGAUUUUAAUGUUUCGGGAAAAGUGGACCAUGCCAAGAAGACCUAUGGUGUUGCUACAGCCUACAAAUAUACCAAAGAUCCCAAAGGAAAAUGGUCAUUUGAUCUUACCUACCCAGCCCGCCACAUCAUUGUCGAAGUAGAAGGUGGUAAAAGGGGAAGUAUUUAUGCUGGAUCCGUUGAUGCUAAAUGGGAUGCUGACAAGGACAAUCAGCAGAAAGUGAAUCUACAAGGAAGCCUUGACUACAAAUCAGUCAAUGAUAUUGAUUCAUCUCUAUCACUGAAAUAUCCAUCACGAGUCCUAAAACUGAACGUUAAACACCAAGGUGGAGAUGACACGAUGUCCCAUGCUGACUUCUCCUGGUCAUCUAAGAAACAGAUCUCUCUUGAUACAACGUACAACAAUAAACUGUCAACCAGCAGUCGGAAUAUUAAAGGCUCUAUCAGAAUGAAAACGCCUUUCAAGAAGUAUGAAUCGAUGUCAGCUGAAAUGAGUGUUGAUAAUCUUCCCAAACGGUACAGCUCAACAGCCAAAUUGGAAUUGGGAUCAAAUGCAAUCAAUGGUGCCAUUGUUUUGAAGAAGCCAUACUCCCCCAGGAGCUUUGAUCUGAGUAUAACAGCUACUUCACCCUUCAAAGGAUACAGACGAAUGAAUGCCAAGCUGGACCAUUCCAUGUCAGACCAACAGCUGAAUACCAACAUCAACGGGGCCAUUGAAGGAAGAAAUGCUGCAGUCACCCUCUCUGCUCGAAACAAAGGAGACUUACAUGAUCGUGAUGUUGAAGGCAGUUUUACUUUGAGGUCCAACAUUCCCAACAUGAAGUCCAUCUCUGUGCAGAUGGAACACAAAGAUGAUAACAGGGAAUUUGUGACGGAACUAACAGCUGAUGUAAAUGGUGAUCGCUAUCAGUAUAACCUUGUUAUGACACAUGCUCUGACGGGUUGGCAGUACCAAAAUGAGGGUAAAUUGAUCCUUCUGUCACCAAAGCGCAGAAUAGCCAGCACAUGGACUCACAAAAACACAGGAAGGGAUUUGAAGACCACUUUAACUUCCGAAUGGGGAAGAGGAAGAAGAGUUCAUUUCGACCUGUAUGGGAAUCAUGACUCUUCUGCAAGAUACACUACAACCGGAGGUCUUCUCCUUCAAACACCCUGGGAACCUGUGAGGGAUAUUGACAUCUCUUUGAGCAAUGCAUUUGGCAGAGGAUAUAUCCGCAGCAUUGCUCAUUUCAAGAAGGAAAAAUCCAUCCUCGCCUCAAGUGAGAUCAACUACAGGCGAUCAGUGGAAUUGGCAGAGUUUGACUUUAUCAUUACUACACCAAGCACACAUGACCUGAAAGGAAAAUUGAACUCAAGAUACAACUCUUACCCAAUGUCUAGCCAUGUUGAGUUUGAAUGGGCACCACGUGAAAUGAUUUCGGCAGAUGGGUCUAUUGAUCUUGCAUCAAUUGAGAAUCUUGAUGGUGAGCUUCGAAUUACCACUCCAUUCAAAAACUUCAGAAACAUUCUGUUGAAGGCGUCUAACAAAUAUGAAAAUAGUGAAUGGCUGUCACAUGCUCUUCUAGAUUAUGCUCCCAGACAAUCCAUUGAACUGGAAUCCCAUAUCAACACUGGAAUGAUAAAGAAGGCAAGAGUAACUCUAAAGACACCUUUUGAUGACCUGAGAGUGCUGGAUACAGGAAUCGAGUAUAGUGGUGGACUCAUGACCUUUGACAGUCGAGCAGAUUUUGAAAUUCAGCCAAUCACUGGAAAGUAUGCUGCAGUAAUGAACUGGAACUAUGCCAAUUCAGAUGUUUCAGGAAAAGUCAGAAUCGAUACUCCCUUGGAAACACUUCGAUAUAUGCAGAUGAUCCUCUCCAGCCAGAAACAGAACAAUGGCAAGAGGCACUCUCGUAUAGAGGUCGAGUACCACCCUCAGCAGAAAAUGUUCCUUGAUGUCACAUAUAAACUGAAUUCACUGGAAAAUAUUCAUCUAGAUGUAAGCCUCAGCGCACCACUUGAAAACAUUGAGCACGUUUCUGUAACUUUAAACCAUGUCCUCCGCCGUCGAGGUGUCGUCUCUGAUUUUGAAGUAACAUAUGCACCCUAUAAAACAGUAGCAGGACGUUUCAAUCUGAAAUGGAACAACGGAAUUGAUGGAUCUAUCGUGCUUUACAGUCCCUUCGAUAGUUUCUCUCAACUAUUAGCCUCUAUUCGGCAUGAAGGUGAACCAACUGACUUCAAGAGUCAUGCAGAGCUGCAAUUUAACGGGUAUGGCCAAAGUGAAAUGGACAUUAAAUUUGAACAUGGAGAUAAAACAAAGGGUUCCUUCACACUGAAGACACCGUUUACCAACUUUGAGAUGACCAAAGCGUCGAUCUACAGGAGAGGAGGAAUAAGGAGCCUGGAAUCAGGUUUAGCUCUGACAUAUGCUGAUGCACAGGAAAUUGAAGCCACUUUCACCAACAGGUUGACAUCCUCAUCACUUGAUUCUGUCCUUCUGAUCAAAACACCAUUCAUCGAUGACAUCCAUAUGUCAGUUGAUCACAACGGCCAACUCACAAGCUUUACAACUAAAGUAGGAGGGUCUGUUGGUAGCAAAUAUUCCAUGUCAUCUCAAACAGGAUUUACCCUCAGGAAAUCAACCAUUGAUUUUAAUACAAACCUUGCAUCAAAAUGCGACCAGGGCAGCAGGAACAUGAGGUUAACAUUCCACAAAGAAGGACAAGUAAACAACAUGAACAGCCAACUGACUGGAGAAUAUAAUGGCGAGCGUAUUGAAAUCAGAGGAGCGUUGAAGAUGAUCACAGACAUAGAUGGAAGUCUUACAAUCCAAACACCCUUUGAGCCAUUUAGAGAUAUUGGUGUGACAGUCAAACAUUCAGGGAACAUCAACAGAUUCAACAGCGAGGGCGUCAUCAGGUACAUGGAUGGACAAUCUGCUGAGGGUAAUGUUGCAUUCUCUCAUGAUGGCCUUAAAUGGAUUGAUACUAAGGCAGAGAUCAGAACACCAUUUACUGGCUCCCAAUCAGCUACUUACCGUCACACACUGAGUGAUACAAAAAUAACAGCUAAUGCAGGAGUUCAAUAUGGACAAGGCAAGAAACUUACAGCAGACGUUUCUGCAAUGAAUUCCCCUAAGGUAGAGAUGUCAGCUGACGUCAGAACACCCUUCCAGUCCUUUGAAGAAUCCAAACUGAUUAUCACCCAUGAAGGCCCACUCGGUAACUGCAAAAGCCAUGCAGAGUUUGAGAUGGCUGGAAAGACCAUGACUGCUGAUUCCAGUUUCAUGCAUGGAGAGUCAAGCAAAGUGGACCUUGUCAUCCGCACAAACAUGGAAGGUUAUGAGAGUCUUAAAAUUAAAGCAAACAGAGAAGGCACUCUAAGUAAUCUCAGGACAGGCGCACAGAUUUCUCUACGUGAUUCAGUUUCUGAGGUAUCUCUGAACAACCGUUUCACAGGAAGACGUCUUGUUACUGCCUUUAUACUGAGAAACCCAUACACACAGGAAAUAACAUUCAACAUCGAUCAUAAUGGCAUAUUUUCCAACUUUAAAAGCCAGGUGUCUGCCAACAUGGGUCAAGAUGCAACACUCACAGGAAAUGUUGCAUUCAACAUGGAAAAUCUUGCUAUCAAGAUGGACAGUAAUGUUGCGUACAGUAUGUCUGGAUUUGGAAACAACUAUGCCCUCAAACUUGGGAAGGAUGGACGACUUGAGGAUCUUACAGCCUUCCUCACAGCAACCUAUGGUGACCAAAACAUUAACAUGAAAGCAGCUCUUAGAUCCGUUGGCAGCAUUCGUGGUGAGGUCAGUGUUGAUACUCCUUUCGAGUCCUUCAGAGAUCUUGCACUCACGUUUGAUCACUCUGGAGACCUGAACAAGUUUUCAUCACAAGGAACUAUUCGGUACAUGGACGGAAGAGAACUAUCUGGAAAAAUCAGCCACAUGAACAAUAAGUUGAGACGAAUCCUGUCGAGUAUUGAAGUCACUACUCCAUUUAACGGUUUAGAGUUUACAAAGGUUGAAUUCAGGCACAGAGGAGACAGUAACUCUAUCAAGUGCAAUGCUGAUGUUGAGUAUGGGGCACAAAGAAAGAUAAGUGCCGAAAUGAGUGCAAGUAUGUCACCCAAAUAUGAAAUAAUGCUGAAAGCUAGGACCCCCUUUACUGGCCUCAGGGAAAUGUCUGCAUCUGGGUCUUUGGAAACAUCCAUGAAAAGGUAUGUCUUGGUCAGCAAGAUAAGUGCAGGAAGAAAGAAUACAGUUGCUCUGGAUUCUACAAUUGACCUCUCGACAUCACCAAUGACAGCCACAGCCACACUUAAAACGCCCCUGGAAUCCCUUAGAAACAAUGAAAUUUCAAUCACCCAUACUGGGGAAUGGAAGAAUUUCCGGUCUACACUGGACAUGAGAUCUCCACUCAUUAGUACAGUUUCUGGAGAAGCUUCCCUACACUACACAUCUCCAGUUGAAAUGGAUGCUUUAAUAUCUCUGACAGACAACAUAAAACUCUCUGUUGAAAACAGUUUGAGAAGUAGCAGACAAAGGUCCCACAUUGUAGCGGCCUGGGCACCAAGAAAACAGAUUGUUCUGGACGGAUCCUACUUAUACUCAAGCGACUUUGCGGAGAAACAACUCUCUGCAGAUGCUUCUCUGUCUACACCUUUCGAAAUGUUGAGGGAAGGAGCACUGAAAAUCGAACACAGUCGAGGGAAUGAAAGGUCAACUCAGACGAUUGAAGCUGACUACAAUGGAAGGACUGUCCUGGAUGUUGACAUGGAGUACAACAAGGCAAACAAACAUGAAAGCAUCAUUACAUUCAGAAAGCCAAGAGCAAUGCAGUACACAGUGUCUGGUGAGUUUGGAGACAGGAACAUCGACACUGAGCUGUUUGUCAACUGGGAUAGAGAUGAACCAGAGAGCAAUGUCAGAUUCCAAACAUCUCUCAAUGACCAAAGUGCAGCAAACACCAUCGACAAGGCCAUGACAAUCAAAUUGAUUCACCCUGCUAGAACACUCGGUGUCACUGGUACAAUUGCCAAGAGUGGAAGACAGACCAAAAGUGUUGGUCAGCUUAUUUGGAAUGAAGAUGCUGGACAGAUGUUCUCCUAUGAUCUGGACCUGACGGAUAAGAGUCGCAGAUACAACACACUGUACGAUGGUUCACUACGCCUGGGAACUCCUGUGCGGGGAUUCAAAAUGGAUGGGUCAUUCAGCAAUGCCAGUGGGAAAAAGGUAGUGGAUGGUACAUUUUUCUGGGAUGCUGCUCGUGAUCAGACGAAACAAAUUGGUAUUACAGCUGUUCUUUCUCCCAGUGACAUCAAAAAGAGGGCCGAACUUAGCCUGAGACUGCCUUCCAUCGGAAAGGAUAUCAAGGUUGAUACUGAGCUGACAUUGAAUGAUGGGCGAACCCUCUUUGACGGCAAGACAGAACUCUCUUACUCUUCAGACUCCAGAAAAACGCUAACUCUGAGCUCCAAAGUUGAGGAUAUAUCAUAUGGCUACUCCAACAAGAACUACAGCAUGACAAUGGAGGUUUCCCACCCCUACACUGAUGUUGAUGUGAGGCUGACAUCCAAUAUUGGCAUGUCCAGUAACAAGUACACCAGUGGUAUGGAUGUCAAAUACCUAACUGCCAGGCGUGAGCGAAAGAACUUUGCCCUUCGUGGUGAAAUCAACCGGCUCAGAAAGCAACUUGAUCUUCAGAUGAUGUCCCCUUUGACAACGAUGACUCUGUCAGGAGAGGUUGAUACCACCAACCCAUAUCGUCUUAGAAUCAGCAACAAUUAUGGUGAUGACCGCAGCCUCAAAUGUGUGAUGACCUUUGACAAGGAGAGGAGAUUUGUUGACUUCCAGACGAACUAUGAUCUUGACAACCCAGAUAACACCAUCAACUUGCAUGCCAACUACAUCAACUCCACUGCAGUAAAAGCUGAGCUGUAUAGUGCAAGCAGCAGUGGACAAGUCACAGACAGCCUUGUGUUCGUUCGCCUUAAUACAUCAAGAAUCCUCCACACCAGGAUUUCCUGGAGGCCAGAAGUUGUUCGGGAAAUCCAAGAUUACUUGACUGGCAAGGUUCGGAGGUUUGGGCAGGAGGCAAAGAGUGAAUUCCAUGACCUCUAUGAAUCUGUUGGACGGGAAAUCAGUGGAAAAUACCAUCGAAUUGCAGCAGCUUUCAGUGAGGACAUUGCCCCUUUCGUAACACUCAUUGAGAGAGAGAUGGAAAGCAUUGAGGCUCAGCUAGAUAACAUCAAACGUGACAUCAGACGCAUGUACAGCCGAAACGACCUCUACAUUGCAGACAUGGGAGACACAUUCCUAUCAGCGUUUGAGAGCUACAAGAAUUUCGUCACUGCUACAAAAGCCACGUUUGCUGAGAUCAGCGAGGCAAUGACAUCUUACCUGGAGGAACUGAAGAACUACCCAAUCAACAGAGAGUACCAAGAGUUGGUUUUCCAGUCCCUUACCAAACUAAAGACUGUCAUCGAUCACGGUGUGGGAUAUGCUGUUGAGAUUAUAAGCAAGAUUGAUGACCAACUGAACGCCCUCAAAGAACAAUACCAGUUCCAAGCUCAAAGAAUCCAGGAUGGAGUUAAAGAUUCCAUGAAGAGAAUCAACAACCACCCCAGACUUGUUGCCCUCAAAGAGAGAAUAUCAGACAUUGAUUACCAAAGGUACAUCACAAUGCUCCAGGAGCGAGUGCACGGUUUGAACAUCCCCGAGAAAUACAACUCUGCCAUCUACCAUACCCGUGAGAUGAUCAACAGUAAUCUGGCCAAUGUUCUGGAACAUGAAAAUGUCAAGCACAUGAGAUCUCUGGCCAACAACGUUUACCAAGAGGGUGUGUGGGCAUACAACUACUGGCAGGUGGAGGAGAAUCUACAAAAGCAUAUCCACAGCCUCUAUGAGAUCAUCAAGGAGAUGGUUGAUGAGGAGAUCCAGAAAUACAGUCAGUACCUGAACUUUCUGGAGAAAUCCAAGGUCACUGUGUGGGAUCCCGAACAUGGUGAAAUCCAGAUGGAUGUGUACCUGCCCAUUCCACUCAAGUCUCUGGACUCUCUUCCCGACAUGGACGCCUAUGUUGACAGAGUCAGGAAUGCUGUAGACCGAUACACUCCAGACAGAGAGACCAUCCAACAAUACUACGAUAAGUACAUGCCCAACAUCAAAUGGAGAUCUGCAAAUCAAACCAAACCAGGCGAUGAGGAGUUCACUGAAGAACUUAAUGAGUUCAUGAGGAAGAAGAAGUCACUUCGUCAACGCCGCCGUUACCGAAACAGGAGCAACUGAACAUCUGGCCUGUCCCCAAAUGAUCUUGAGAUUGUUGUAAUAUGUGAAUAAUUUAUUUAUUGUAUUGUGCAUAAUGUACAGUUGUCAUUGAGUGAUCUUUAUGUUCAAUAUAUUGCAUCAUUUGAAAAUAAAACAUUUACCUUU